AUUAGUUUAUUAUCUCAACUGCUCAGAGAGCUCUCUAUCUCUCAACGAUUGACUUUUUCAUUCAUCUGUCUUCUUCUUUGAGCAUUUCAUUCUGUAAAAUCGUUCUUCAUUUCCAAGAUACAAUCUUUAGGGAAAAAAUCAGCAAGUUGUAGGGUUUCGAGUUUCUUUAAUGGAAGUAGCAAAUGGGUCAGGGUCGGAAUCGUCGUCUUCUGCGGUUCCGUUUCCCAGUAGCUCUGCUACGUUGACCCCACUUCGAUUCCUUCGAUCCCCGGUAUCUUCCAUACUGGAGUAUUCCGGGUUUCUGCGGGUCAGGCCCGAGAGCCCGGAGAGUGUGGGUCUCAUGGCGGAUGGGGCUGCGGAGCCUGGGAGUAGUGGGAGUGGGGAGGUUUCGAUAAGGAUAAUUGGAGCUGGGGAGCAGGACCGCGUUGGGGUUGAGGCGGAGGAGGAGGAUGAGGAGGCGGCGAUGGAUGGUGGGGUUGAGGACAGAGGCGUAGGUGGCGCCGCCGUGGUCUCUGAUGAUUCCGGCGGCGACGGCGGAGGUGGUGGUGGUGGUAGGGGUUCUUCUUACCAGAGAUAUGAUAUACAGCGGAUUGCCAGGUGGAUUGAGCAAGUUCUUCCCUUUUCUUUGCUCCUUUUGGUUGUCUUCAUCCGCCAGCACUUGCAAGGUUUCUUUGUUGCAAUUUGGAUCACUGCUUUCAUGUUCAAGUCAAAUGACAUUCUUCGGAAGCAAACAGCUCUUAAGGGAGAGAGAAAGAUACAUGUCCUUCUUGGUUAUUUUCUGGCCUUCACUGUUCAUGUAGUUGUAGUCUACUGGUGGUAUAGAAACGAUGAUCUUUUCUACCCAUUAUUCAUGGUUCCUCCAAAGGCUAUCCCGCCCUUCUGGCAUGCCAUUUCCAUCAUUCUCGUAAAUGACACAAUGGUACGACAGGUCGCAAUGGCUUUGAAGUUGUUGUUGUUAAUGUAUUACAAAAACGGCAGGGGCCAGAACUUCCGGAGACAGGGCCAAAUGCUGACUCUGGUCGAGUACACCUUGCUGCUAUACCGAGCAAUGUUACCAACUCCGGUCUGGUAUAGAUUCUUCUUGAACAAAGAUUACGGAAGCCUUUUUUCGUCACUGAUAACAGGGUUGUACUUAACGUUCAAGCUUACGUCAAUAGUCGAGAAAGUCCAGUCUUUCUUUGCUGCUAUUAAGGCAUUAUCCAGAAAAGAAGUACACUAUGGAUCUUAUGCAACGACUGAACAGGUAAAUGCAGCUGGUGAUCUCUGUGCCAUUUGCCAGGAGAAGAUGCACGCACCGAUUAUAUUGUGUUGUAACCACAUCUUCUGUGAAGACUGUGUCUCAGAAUGGUUCGAAAGAGAAAGAACGUGCCCCUUGUGCAGAGCCUUGGUUAGACCUGCUGAUUUACGAUCAUUUGGAGAUGGAUCCACAGGCCUUUUCUUCCAAUUAUUUUGAGCAUUCGUUCUUGCCCCCAAAGCAAACUAACUUCUCUCUGCACCCGUGGGUUUUUCCUCCUAACUUUUCAUUUUGUAGAUUUAUAGCGUUUCUGGUUCCUACAAGGAAAAGCUACUCCAUAAAUGUAAUUUUUCGGGUUGCUGAGAGCUUAGUGCUGCCAUGGAAGCGUGAAACUGUUCUUGUAAUGCGAUAUCAUUUUCGCAAAAUCUUACUGUAGGGUUUUAAUCUGAUUUUCAUUCUCCCCUCCCAGAGACCAUCAUUUUGAUGACAAAACAAGUUGUAUAUACUAUAUAUAUGCACCUAGUAAAAUGUAAAGUGAGAAUUCUUACUGCUCA